AUAAAUAGUGAUUACUCAAGUGAACUCUUGAUUGACUCUCUGUUGCAAAGGUGUAAUUUUAAACGUCUAAGAAAAUAUGUCGCUCGAGGGCGCGUAUUUAAGCAUUGAGAGUAGCGAUGGUAUUACGGUUUCGCAUGCUGCAAAAGGUCGGAAAUUCAACAUUGGUUCCUAUUUGGACUGCCACUUGGUGUUACCUGACGCUGAACGCAUACAUUGCGAAAUACAAUGUGACGCAUUUGGCAGGGUAACCAUUUGUAAUCACGCCCAGGAGCCCAUACUACUCAACGAUCAGAUUGUGCACAGUACGACCAAGCGUCCCCUGUUGCAUGGCUCACGGAUAGGAAUAUUGAAUAAUGUUUACACUUGGCACUAUUCAAAAGCUACAGAGCUCAUUACGCCUGAACGCUGCCUAGUUCCAUCGGUACCGGAGCAGGCCCCAAAUUCAUCUCCAAGUUUCAAAAGACAUCGUCCACACCGCCAGACUGACAAUCGUCUCACCAUUCACAACUUUCGUUAUUCAAUCAAUUCUGAUGACGACACAUCCAUGGAAAAUCGAGAAAUAGAAUCUAGAACAAACAUAAGUGAAAAACCAACAUCAUGCCUAGCAGAAGCAGAGCUCAUCGACGCAAAGACUGCAGCUGGGAUACAGCCAAAACGCAGCAUUACUCCGACUACUCAAGUAGCAGACGAGGCAGUUACCACCCAGGUUGAUUUAAUGGAAACGAAUCAAAAUAAAGAGAACACUAGCACACCCUGCAAUAGAUUGAUGUUGCAGUUUUGCAAACGUUCGGAUCUUGUAAUCACAUCGUUUUCACCACGUAUUACAGGGGUAAAGAUUCAAAAAUCAUUUACCUGCGUGAUUAAACCCAGCACGUCAGGGUUGGCGAUACCAAAGAGUGUCUAUAAUACUCCAAAGAGUGUGCUCUCCGAACUUAAUGAUGAUAGCUGUAGUCGGGAGCCCAAUGAGUAUAGCACGCCAACAACAUCACAUUCAGGUGGCAUAGAAAAAUCUUCCAUGUAUUUAAUUGAUCUGACAACUCCGCAACACUUGCGUCCAAAGCUUAAUGAGACACAAACACCAAGUAGCCCAGGAAUAAUAAGCGUUGAUUCUACGGUUGAAUCAUUCGUUAUAUCACCGAUUGUGAUCGACCAUUCCACAUGUAUGUCGUCAACAGCAUCGCCAGUCCGUAUGAGACCUAAUACGUCCACUAUGGAACACCUAUUGGGUACCAGCUCUACACCAAAACGAACGCCACAGACGCUAAUGAAACGAGCACUUUUAACCAGCGCCAACAAAAAGCUCGCCAGUCCUGUCAUCAAAACUACAAGAGUAUCAACACCUGUGAGGCCCUCGCUGCUCGCAGCUCGUCGGCAAUAUCUGACCGCACCACGAUGCUUACCCCAAGCAAUACUCACACCGGAUCGACGUAGACGGACUGCGAAUCCCACCAAGGCGCCCCAUACUUCACCUCGCAAACGUCUGUCUGGUUCUUUGAAUAGCCCUCGUGACACCAAAGUUUCAUUGUUGCGCAAGUCACUCAGGGCCGGCGCUAGGGUUAGGCCAAGCAUUGAAAGAAGCAAUCAGUUGGUGGCUAAAGCACGUCGUGCACUUAACUCACCCAAGCAUGAUUCAACCCAUAAAAAAGGAUCAGCAGGAGCUGAAACUCCAACCAAAAACGAUUUGUAUGAGUUUACACCGAUUAAAUCCUUAACAAUGGAAAAAUCUGGUGAUUCAGCUACAGAGUUGAGUUGUACGUUCACUAUAAUAGAUGAUGAUGAAAAUCCUCAUAUAAAAGACAUCCUAACAGAUGAAAAGAUACUCAAUGAUGACGACAAAUAUAAUAUGGAAGAUAUUCCAACAGAUAAAACGAAAAAUAUUGAACCAAGUGAAAUAGUAUCCAAGAUAAUGACUAGUAAAGAAGCAAUAGACACCCCCGAAAUCAACAAAGCUUUUGAAGAAUUACGUGAUAAGGAUGCUCUUGAGAAACAAUCAUUUGGGAUUAGCUUAAAAACUAAUAGCGCACCGACAAACACUAUAUUUAUAAAAAUUAAUGAAAACAUAACACAAUCGAAAGAUGAAGCAAUACAUAUAAUUGAGGAUAACAUUUGCGAGGAGGUUACAGUAACGAAAUCUGUCAUUAAUGAGCAUAUAAUACAUGAUGAUACUAUUUGCGACGAGGUGCCCUUACUUAAAUCCAACACAUCGAAUGUUGCCGAUGUUAAAUUCGAGAAAUCGGUUAAAAACAAUCAAAAAGAAGACAUAUUUAAUUUAUCGCUUAGACGCAGCUCACGACGUGCGUCCUUGGAUCUCAGCAGCAAGUUGGGAGUAGAACUCACCAUUAAGUCUUCUCGUCGUGCUUCAUUUUCAACUGUAUCGGUUGCGAGCAGUCCAAUUAUGACGCUGAAGCGUAAACGUAGUCUUACAGAAGAAUUGGCGACUCCCACGCAAAAAUCUGAUCGGUUGAUAUGCAACACCUCUAAGCGCUCAUUGCUGGUUGACGAAGCAGUUUAUGACAUGGGUGUUAUUGUAGAAGAAAGAACAACGUACACACAAACUGAAGUGCGAAAAGAAGCGAUUAAUCAGGCAGACAAAAUCGUCUUUUACGGAAUGCAGGAGCUAAUGAAAACUCCAAAAGGCUGCAGUCCGCCCAGAUUAAAGGGCCUCUGUGAAUUAAUGCAUACUCCUAAAGAGGCCGCAUCGCCUAUUUUUGACAAUAUCAAAGAGCUGCUGCAAGAGGACUCAAAAUCUGUAUCGGGAGAAGCACAUGAUCUUACCGCAACCGCCAAAAAUGUUAUCAUACCCUGUGAACCUUAUAGCGAUGUGCUCCAAACUAAAAAUAAAUGCUUACUCACUACGGAAUACGAUAUGAAUGUGACUAAUGUAUCCACGCAUUUAUGUAAAAUCUUCGAUGAUGAACCGAUCCGAAUCAAUCCAGAUGAUUUAAAAAACAAAAUGUUUGUGCGGCCCGAAAGUCCAACUGCUCGUAAGGAUUCGAAUGUAAUUACCGAUUACUUAUCAGCAUCUUCUGCAACCUGCUCACUAACUUCUGAGACAUUAAUGUAUAGAUCAGAUGCAGAAAUUUGCCAAUACGAUCCGCUAACUGACAACAGUGCAGAGAACGAACAAAACCGACUAAAGUCUUCUAAUAAGAAUUGUGAAAUAGAGCUUAAAUCGAAGUUCUACAAAUUUAAUGAAGGUUCCGAUAGCGAAUCGCUGGUUGGGUUAACCGAGCCACUUGUUUUUAGCGAUGAUGAAGAAGAAAUACAGUUGGCGAAAGAAGAGAAAAGCGCAAUUAACCAGAUUGAUGUUAAUGAAUCAAGUACAUUCAAUGAUCAAAUAUCAUCUGAUAAUUAUAAAGAAUAUCAAGCCACCUGUAUUGAAUUUAUAUCGGAAUCGUUAGCGAGAGACAUGCAAGAGUGUCACAAAGAAAAAUCCACAACAGCUAAAAAUAAAUUUGUUAAUACCAAGGACUAUGCACCGAAUGAAUCAUUAGACUUACAUAAUAAAAGAGAUGAAAUUAAUGCCUCUCCUUAUUACGAAAGCUCGCUGUUAAAAUCUACGCCAAAAGAUGAUUCGAAGAAUGUUAUUAUCAUAUCAAGGCCAGUUAAAUUAUAUCAAAAUGACCUGAGCACAAAUGAAAAUCAAAAGGAAGUUACCAAAUCAAAUAAAUUGAAGCCGUCGAUCGAUCUAAGUGUGGGAGAACUAAAUCACAUUGAAUUAAAUGGUAUUCACAAGACAAAAAUAACUGGUCAUGAAUAUAUCAACGAUGCAAUUUUAGUCAAAAUAGCAGAUAAUAAAAUUCAUGAAACACCCGAGGAGGACCGCCUUGAAAAUAUAAUCGUUAGGCAGGCGGAUGUUACGGCUUCAAAUACAAAGGAAGUAAAAGCUCAUAAAGUACUCGAAGAUCAAUCAAUAACAAACCCUAUUACUUCUGAUUUAGGCUCUGAGCCUUUUGAAUCAAAAAGCCCUGGAAUUGUUUUUAAUAAAGCGCCUAUUAAUCAAAGCAGAGAUGGGUUCCCAGUUAACUUGAACUACUCCAGUUUGAACACAAGUAAAGUCGUAUAUCAAAUGGUAGAUGUUUCAGUGAUGGAUUCAACUAAUGCUUUAAAUACAAAUGAAAAGGAAGAUUUCAAUAAAAAUUCCUCAGUUAUUGAUUUGAAGAACACAGACAUUAAAAUUGAUCUACAGCCAGAACCAUCUGCCGAUAUAACUAUAUCCUCAUAUUCGGAACCUAAUCUUGUUGAUUCAUCUGAAGAUAUAAAUACAAGUAAAGUUGAACCUCAUAAUAAAAAGGCCUUAGAGGUUCAAUUGAAGUACACAGCUAUUGAAAUCGUAUCAAAUACAAAUACAAAUGCUCACCAACCAUCCGGCGUCUCAGUGAUUAAGUCGGAAUGCUCAGAUGGUAAUGUUGAUAAUAAAGUCAUAACUGCAUCCUCAGAUUCGGGACCUAAACUGGUUGAUUCACCUGAAGAUUUAAGUACAACUGAAGUUCAUAAUGAUGAUGGCUCAGAAGCUCAAUCGAAGUACAGAGCUAUAGAAAUUGAAUCACAACCAAAGCUAUCAUCUUCGGUUGCAAAACCUGAACUUAUUAUUUCAGCAACAGAAGCUUAUAAUAGCACCGUCUCAGUUCUUACAAUGGCUGUUGACAUCCAAGAAGUAACAAUAAAAAAAGGACUUGACAUAUUAGCUAACGCUUCAGGUACAAACAAAAAUUAUAAUCAACCACCGGAUGUACCAGUGAUUAAGUCUGAAUGUUCAGAUGUUAAUGUUCAUAUAAAAGUCGAAACUGCAUCCUCAGAUUCGGGACCUAAAUUAGUUGACUCAGCUGAAGAAUUAUAUAAAAAUGAAGUUGAAGCUCAUGAUGAUGAUGGCUUAGGAAAUCAAUCGAAGUACACAGUAAUUGGUAUUGUUGUGCAGCCCGAACCAUCAUUUUUGGCAGUAAAACCUGAAUUUUUUAUUUUAGCAGAGGCUCACAAUGGCAACGCAGGUGAUAAAACGACCGUCAACAAAAUGUCUGGUGACAUCCAAGCAGUUACAAUAAAAAAUGGUUUAAACAAUUUAACUAAAGCUUCGGUUACAAAUACAAAUGCUAACCAACCAUCCGGCGUCUCAGUGAUUAAGUCGGAAUGCUCAGAUGGUAAUGUUGAUAAUAAAGUCAUAACUGCAUCCGCAGAUUCGGGACCUAAACUGGUUGAUUCAGCUGAAGAUUUAAGUACAACUGAAGUUCAUAAUGAUGAUGGAGCUCAAUCGAAGUACAGAGCUAUAGAAAUGGCCACAACAACCGAUAUCGAUACAAAGUCUGUCGGUAAAAUGUCUGAUAAAAAUGUACUAAGUAUUCCAAAACAGUCUCCGAGUACAAGUAAAGUUAAUCUCCAAAUCACCAAUCCAAACGAAGUUGCAGAUGAAAUAAUAGACAUACAGGCAUUAACACACCAUAAAGAUGACCUUAAAAUUAAAGGUACAGAUACAGAUGUAUCUCACUCUGAAAUCAAUUCGACAAAUACUGUAAAAGAACAUAUCCUUUCAAGGUAUAAACCACAACAAUCUGAAGAACUUAGAGGUUCUCAAAAAAGUUCCAAGGAGCAGAUGGUAAAAAAAUCAGACGACUCAAUUGUUUUAUUAGAUGCUUCUGUUUCAGAAGAGUUUGAAAGUGACUUGCCGAACGCUGUUAAUAAAGCCUCGCAUGAUAAUAUAUUGGACUGUUAUAAGUCUAAUACAUCAAAGCAAACCUGUAAUACAGACAGACAUAAUAGUAUUGCUGAGAAAGCUCGUGUUGACCACAAUUCUGUAUAUAUAUCAGAGAGUACUAAAAAUAUAGUUGGAAGUCCAAAAAAAAGUAAAAAGGGGGUCGUAGAGUUUUCAGCUAAAGAAACACCUAUAGAUAAUCCGGGUGGUAAAUGUAUAACAUGUAAGUCAGACUUUAAAGAUGAUUUUGCAAGUAAUACAAGUAAUGAUGUAACACAACCGAUGAAUAAUAAUUGGACCGUGGACAGCUCUAAAAAAGAUGAUAAAUGUGAAGACCACAUAAAUUAUGAACGUGCUGCUAAUAGUUUAUCGGUUAAAACUAAAAACAAUAUUGCAAAAGACGAAUAUGAAGAGAAUAUCGAUGUAUCAAUACGCAAAAGAGAGCUUACAGAAUAUUCUGAUAUAGAUCAGGAUUCAACCAAAGUUGAGCUUUCUAAACAAAGAGAAGUGUCUUUGGAAAAAGUUAAUAAUAAAUCUACAAUAGACAAAAAAUCUGGAAAUUGUGUGGAUCAACUGUCGAGUAACUUAGAAUUAUCGGAUGUGUUAAGCCUGCGUAAAACCAAGCAAUCGACCAAGCAUGAAAGCAUGUCAAAGAUUUAUGAAACACAAUACGAAUAUCUCGAAACCAAAACAUCUAAACGAGUUGACCGAAUUUCUUCAUUUGUGCAAAAACACGAACGGCUCGGUUGCAAAGCAACUUAUGAAUGUGUCGACAUGGAAGUAUUAUCUCAAGCUAACAAAAAAAAAAAACACAUAAAUGAGCAAAUUCUGAUAACAAAGCCUGGAAUUGAUAAAGACAAAGUUUUCAAAAUGGAGAAGGUUGCGCCUGCAGUAGCAACUGAUGUGAGCAUGCCCAAACGUGGGAAUCGCAAUGUUUCAGAUGACGUUGAAGAGAUUGAUAAUCAUAUAGAAAGAAUGCCACAAAAGAUAAUCGACGUAGAUAGAUCUAAUCGUCGUGAAAAAAAAAUGACCACAGAUAAUAUUGAGAAAGCGAGCAGUUUUAUAACUUUUGGAAGAAUAGAAUUAAAAAUAGUCGAGCCAUCAAAAGAAAGCCGUAUACGUCGCAAGGCUUCAGCUUCAGAAGUUACAGAUGAUACCAAAACGCCAAACUUAACAGAAAAAAAAUCACAGCGAAACACACGAAAGGCUACAGCAGAGAGAGCCGAGCAUGAGAAAGCAUCGACGCCAGCCUUAAACUUAAUUGAAGAGAAAGCUGAUUCGGAAUCAAAACUAUUGACGGCUAAAGAGAUGCCUGAAGAAAUUGAAUUUCCUAAAUCCCAGCGACUCGGACGAAAGGUUUUUUAUUCUAAAAAACAUUCGGAAAUCGAAGGAAAAACUACUACAAUAAAAACUUUUGAACAAAGUGUUACUCGCCGAAGGUGUAAUGCAGAUUUAAAUGAACCACCAUUACAACUAAAAAAAACUAUUGACCCUGAUGGAGAGUUGUCCAUUAAAGAUCAACAAGUGAAAUUUGUUAUCCACCCAGCUCGUGGACGUCGACGCAAGUUAAAUGCAGAAGAUGAACUAGAAGAUUCAGAAACAGCUAACCAGCAUAUAAAAAAUAAGUCAAUGCGUCAAGGCCGCGAGCCCUUAACAAAUGACGGCAUGAAGCAGCAGCUUUUAUCCAUGCAGAAUCUACCCACUCAGCUGGUGGAACCAGCAGACGUUGUAAAUGUGUCUGUAUCGCAAAAUCUACAGCCGGUGAAUCCGAAUGAUGACUUAACUCCUAAGCGGCGCGAGGGUCGUAAUGUUCCGCGAAAAAACUACGAUGAAACAUCCGAUGAGGAUAAGGCUGGCCCAUCGCGCAAAGCGAUAAAAUCAGAGCUGAAAGACGUCAGUUUGUCAACACAAUUGGAAAGCUCAACGGACAUAAGGCCUUCACAAAAACGUGAGGGACGCAAUGUGCCGCGCAAAAACUAUAAUGAGGCAUGGAAUGAAGAGAAGCAAUUACGUAGUCGACGACUCCGUCAGCCUACGGCAAAGGCACUAGAGCUACUUGUAUCUGAAGCUGAACGACCAUUAACACCCAAUCGACGUCGAGUCAAAACAGCUGCUGCUGACAUGUCGGAAGAGCCACCUAUUAAAAAGGUAACAAAGGAAGAGGCAAUGGGAGAAACCAUCACUCCUGUUAAAGUGGGUGUUGUUGCAGGCACUGUCAGUCGGCGACGCAAACCACAAAAAGUGUCUCCCACAGCUGUUGCUGCGGACUUGGCCAAAGGACCGCUAAGGAAUAAGUCAAGAGAAGGGGACGGAUAUGUGGGAUCUUUACCAGUUGCAAGAAGAGGUCGUCGCAAUGUAGAUGAAACGAAGGCAGUAGAAACCAAUGCAUCCAUAAAAAGCAAACGAUGCGCUCGUAGUUGCAAGGAAAUAGCAAGUAGCUCAAUCACAAUUCAGUCCGUGAAUGGAGAGUCAACGAAGUCUGCAAAACGAAAUGGUCGUAGAGCCAAACUUUUUGCUGACAAUAGUUUAGAGCGAGAGCAGCAGGCGAUAAUGAAAUUACGUGGUAGCAGCCGCGCUAAGACCCCUAUUAAACCGACAGAGGAGGAGCAGGAGCUAAAGGAGGUGUCCAAUACCAAUACUUCACGUGGACGUGCCAAAGCAACCAAUACAGAAUCUAAAGUCAUUCAAAAGACACAGCCCACACGUGCUGGUCGCGGACGUAAAGUACAUUUUGAAGAGGUAACUGAGAAGGUGACUGCAUCGGCAACAGUUGAGCCUCCUGUAGAUAAGCAAACUAAACGGGCUACACGCACUCGGCGUAAAUAAGUAACUGUGGUUAGAAUUUCACAUUUUUGCACUCCAUAAUAAUAAUAUUAAGUUAAAUGUUUUUUUUUAUUCAUUAUUUAUUUGUCCUGUGUACAAAUAAGAUUUUUUACAGCAUGGUA